GAACGAAUCUUUUCCCUAAGUCAGGUUUAGGGGUAACUUAGUAAUUCACAACGGAACACCACUUUAGUCUUGAAACUAUACCAUCUCCAAUGUCCAUGCCUACUUCACUCUCUCACAGUAAAAAAAAAAGAGAAGAUAACAAUGGCGGAAACUGAGAGACCCCACCGUUCUUCAAGUAUUAACAGUAGCAGCAACAGGAACGCUUCAUCCUCAACUUCCACUGAUUUAUUCAUCUGCUUCACAUCUCGCUUCUCUUCUUCUUCCUCCAUGCGCCUCUCUUCCCUCAGCCCAGCUCGCUCCGCCUGUCUCACCACCUCUCUCAGCCGUCGUCUCCGUACCAGCGGCAGCAUAAAGAACGCUUCGGCAGGAGUCCUCAACUCUCCGAUGUUCGGUAAUAACAACGGAGGACGGAAGAGAUCUGGAUCCGGCUACGAGAAUAACAACAGUAACAGUAACAGUAACAACAUAGAGCCGUCGUCUCCGAAGGUGACGUGUAUCGGUCAAGUGAGGGUGAAGACGAGGAAGCAUGUGAAGAAGAAGAUGAGAGCGAGAUCUAGGAGGAAAGGAGGCGGGGAGACGAGCACUAGCUUCAGGAGAUCGUCCUCCGACCAAAACGACAGGGGAGGGUGUCGUUUCGACGCGAGCGAGAACCGUUGGGUUCAUUUCCCCGUGACCAUCUGCGAGUCGUUGAGAUCGUUUGGCUCCGAGCUUAACUGCUUCUCCUCCCCGUGUAGAUCUUCUUGCACGGGCGAUAGAGACGGACGAAGGCGAGGUGAGAAUAAUAACUGUGGGGGAUGCAGUGGCGGCGGAUGCGGCGGAGGAGGAGGAAGCUCGUGCGGCGGGGUGUUCACGCGGUGGUUUGUGGCGGUUGAGGAGACGGGAGGGAAGAGGAGGGAGAUUGAGCUUGUGGUUGGUGGGGGAGGAGAAGAGGAGGCGGAGGAGGAUAGGAGGAGGAGGAGUCGCCGGAGACAUGUUUUCGAGGGGCUUGAUUUGAGAGAGAUUGAGAUGAAGACGGAGAGGGAGGAAGUUGGAGGGAUUAACAGCCUCUGUUCUCCGCCGAAGAAUGCUUUGCUGUUGAUGCGGUGUAGAUCUGAUCCGGUUAAGGUGGCGGCUUUAGCUAACCGGGUUCGAGAGAGGCAGAUGUCGCUUGAUGAUCGUGUGUAUGAAAGAGAAGAAGAGGAGGAGGAAGAAGAUGAGGAGAGGAGGAGGUUUGUGCUUGACUUGGAAGAUAAGAAGCGGAUCGAGUUGUGUGAGAAAUGGAUUUCUGGUGAGACUAUUGUCGAGAGAGAAGUUGUAGUUACAGAACCAGAAGGUCCUACACAGGAAGAACUUGUGGAGGAAGAAGAAGAAGCUUCGAAGAUACAGGAGGAAGAGAUUGAAGCUAUGAUUAUCAAACACAUCGAAGACGAUCUAAUAAACGCUAUUGAAGAAGAAGAAGAGGAACAAACGGCUGAGAUGGAAGAAGAAGAAGAAGAGGAGGAGGAGCUAGCUGCUGCCUCUGUGACACCAAACGUAGAAAGAUCCAACCAAGGAAACAGAGAACCCGACCCGAGUCCGGAAGUGAUGAUAAUGAGAGGAGGAGAUCAAGCACGUGAUGAAACAGCUGAGAAAGAGGAGAAGACGACGCCGUAUAAGGUGUUACCGGAUUGUCUGUUGCUAAUGAUGUGUGAGCCAAAGCUAUCGAUGGAAGUCUCCAAGGAGACUUGGGUCUGCUCCACAGAUUUCGUCAGAUGUCAACCGGGAAGACCUCCGGCCAAGAAGAUAACAGAACCUACCGGAGAACAUCAUCACCACCAUCAUCAACAACAACCGAAGAAACGAAUCGUUACCGCCGUUGAUUCCAACGCAUCCUCUCGCCGGCGUUCGGUCGAUAAACGACCUGUUCACCUACAGCCGCCGCGGUCGUCUUGCUCAUAUCCAGCGGCUCCGCCGUUAUUAACUGCGGCUGCGUCCGUCAGAGAGCAGAAGGUAGGCGGAGGUAAUAAGGCGUACGAGCCGCCAGUGUUGCCACGUUGCAAGUCGGAGCCGAGGAAGUCGGCUUCGAAGCUUGCUCCGGAAGCUUGUUUCUGGAAAAAUCGGAAGCUCGAGCCGCAUCCUCAAGCUUCUGUCGGAGUCGGCGGCGGCGCCGGAGUAGGGUUCUAGAAGAAAGGAUUGGGACUUGAGUGGGAAUAAGAGAAACUAUUUGGGGUGUAAUGGUAAUUUCAGAAUAUUAUUUGUCCUUGUUUGUAAAUUUGUUUUUGUUUUAGUCACAAUUAAUUUCUUGCGUUUAUGCUAAUGUUUUUUUUUCAUAAAAAUCAGUAUCCUUUUUAUGUCCGUUA